AUGAAUUUUCCGACAGGAACAGUUGGUGGAAAAGGUGCAGCUGGAAUUGUGAUGGAUUGGAGUGUUAAUAAUGCAUAUAACAAGACCUUGAAAGAUUUAGAUCCUAAGUCUGUGCCCACUAUGGAUGCAACUAUCAUCCCAAAUAUCGAUCCAAUAGAUACUGGGUUGGGUUCAUCCGAGAAGGGAAAUGCUGUUCUUACAGCAAAACCAAGGAAAAAGACGAUGACAUCAGUAUUUCUCAAGUAUUUUGAAACAGCUGUAGAUGGGAAGAGUCGGAGGUGUAUAUUUUGUGGACAGAGCUAUUCUAUUGCUACUGCCACCGGCAAUUUGGGGAGGCAUCUCAGCAAUCGACAUCCUGGAUAUGACAAAAAUGGGGAUUUUGCCAUGACUCCAGUUGCGCAACCUGUCACAGUUGCUAAGAAACCACAGGCUCUAGUUAAGAUGCCUCAGGUGGAACUUGAUCAUUUGAACUGGUUGCUUAUCAAGUGGCUCACUUUAGCAUCUCUUCCCACAUCUACUUUGGAAGAACAGUGGCUGACAAACUCAUUCAAGUUCCUUAAUCAAUCGGUACAAAUUUGGCCUGGAGAAAAGUUCCGAGCAGUACUAUGCGAAGUUUAUAGAAGCAUGAAGGAAGAGGUCCGUCUGACUAUGGAGCAGGUUUCUUCUAAGGUUUCGAUUACUCUUGAUUUCUGGACUUCGUAUGAGCAAAUUCUCUACAUGAGUAUUACAAGCCAGUGGAUUGAUGCAAACUGGUCCUUUCAGAAAGUUCUUCUGGAUAUCAGUCAUAUACCAAGCCCUUGUGAGGGCGCUGAAAUACAUUAUGUUCUGUCGAAAGUUAUCAGGCUGUAUAAUAUAGAUACUAGAAUCAUCUCUUGCACCCAUGAUACUAGUUCAAAUGCUUUACAUGCAUGUCAUAAACUGAAAGGUGAUCUGGAUAGUCAGAAAAUGGCUCCCUUUUGUUAUAUCCCAUGUGCUGCUCAUGCUCUGAAUUCAAUUAUAGAUGAUGGAUUAAAAACUACCAAGUCAGUAAUCUUGAAGAUCAGGGAGUUUGUGCUGGCGAUGAAUUCAUCAUUGGAAAUCUCUGAAGAUUUUAUUCAAUUUACUUCAGCAUAUGAAGAGGGGAAUUGGAAAUUCCCGCUUGAUGCCUCAGCUCGGUGGAGUGGAAACUACCUGAUGCUUGAUGUUGUAAGUAAGGCGAGUAAAUCAAUGGAAACUAUUAUUAGGAAGUACGAGGAACAACUUGGCAGUAGGUUGCUGCUCAAUUCUGCGGAGAAAAAUGUUGUUCAUAUUAUGUACAAGUAUUUAGAACCCUUCUAUAAGACAAUCAAUAACAUGUGCACAAAUAGAGUGCUGACGGUUGGACUUGUUCUCUUCUUCAUGGAUCAUAUUUCUGAGAUGAUUUUAACGUGCAAAGACUCAAGGCAAAGUCCCGAUUGGCUCAAGAGUGCAGCCCAAGACAUGGCCACCAAAGCUCAAAAUUACUGUGAUCAGGUUUGCAAUGUAUUUACUUACAUGACUGCGAUUCUUGAUCCACGGAUAAAAGUUGAGCUCAUGCCUGAAAAUCUCAACUUGGAAAGCUAUUUGGAGGAGGCAAGAAACCAUUUCAUGAGAAAUUAUUCUACCAGCUAUUUUCCAUCUAUAACCAGUUCAUACACUGCUCAGGAGAUGGAUGAUGGAGGAAGUGUUUCUUUUGCUGAGGAAAUUGCCCGUAAAAAACGAAGGGCAAGCAUGAAUUCUGCUACUGAUGAGCUUACUCAAUAUUUAUCCGAGCCACCAGCACCAAUACCUACAGAUGUUUUAGAGUGGUGGAAAGUGAACAGCACAAGAUAUCCGCGCUUGUCUCUGAUGGCUCGGGAUUUCUUGUCUGUACAACCAACUGCUGCGUCUCCCGAAGACAUUUUUUGCAGCAAGGGUGAGGAAAGUGAUAGGCAGAGGUUCUCCUCACCAUUUGAAAAUACGCAAACUUUGCUUUGUAUAAAGUCAUGGAUGCAAGGCGGGAUCAAGGUGAAGUAUAAAUCGACCGAGAUUGAUUACGAAAGGUUGAUGGAAUUAGCAGCUUCAUCAGCAACAGACAGUAGCAGUAGAAGUUCUGAAAAGAAACAAAAAUGA